CCCACUGCAAUUAGUUGCUUCACUCAUUCAUUCAUUCAUCCAUCACCCACCCCUCCCGGCCUCCCCUGACCUCUCUCGAUCACUCGUCAUCUCCACCACACACACACACGCGCGAGCGAAUCCAAGGAAGAAGAAGAGGAGGAGGAUCCAUGGAGAAGUGCAGGUCGGUGCCGCACGAGCACUCGUCGGCGUACUACGGCUGCGGAGGCGGGUACGACUACGAGGACGUCGGCGGCGGGCCCGGGCAGGCCGGCAAGUCGUACAGCUUCAACGGGCCGAGCGGCCGGGACGACCCGGAGGCGAAGCGGCGGCGCCGCGUGGCGGCGUACAACGUGUUCGCCACGCAGGGCCGGAUCAAGACCACCGUCCGCAGCAGCGUCAAGUGGCUCAAGUCCAAGUUCUCCGACGUCCGCUACGGUGGCCUCUGAACUGAUCUGAUGAGCGUGAGCCUACUGCAUGCAACGCAUCCUACUCCUACGACCGCACACAUAUAUGUGUAUGCACGAACCAUGGUGCUCAUAUAUAUGCAAUUAUAUAUGCACGCGCAAGCUAUACGCGUGCCAAGCUAAAUAGCUGCUGCGUAUAUAUACUACUACUACUGUGUACAUGUGCGUGUAUGAACUGUGUGUGUAUGGUCUCAAGUCACUGCAUGUGUUCGUGGCUGCUUUCCAGAUCGGUCAGUGUGUUUUCUCGGUUUGCUUUUGGAUCUGCACAUCAAGUUGUUGUAUCACCAGCCACCAGAGGGACCAUGCCCUUUGCUUUGAUCUGGUUCGCCUUUUCAGUUCCCCAC